CUGUGUUUGACUAUCUAUCUCGGAGCACAGUAAUCAAUACAGCCAAGGACUGAAGACAUUAGAGUGGGAAAAACCCUCUGUGCUCAAUGGCCCUGGACAAAAUGGAAAAAUUGAGUCUGGAACAGACAGUGUCCCGAUCUGCAUUAGUUGAAUUGGAAGGUGUUGUCCUUAUAGAACCAGUACACAGAACGUUUGACCAAGUGCAGAAGUUCAAAGCCAGACCUGAUGAUCUGCUCAUUGCAACCUAUGCAAAAGCAGGUACCACAUGGACACAGGAGAUAGUUGAUAUGAUUCAACAAAAUGGAGAUGUUGAGAAGUGUAGACGCGACACUACUUGCAAACGCCAGCCUUUCCUUGAGUGGUCUUUCCAAAAUCCUCCAUCUGCAAGAUACUCAGGUCUGGAGUUAGCUGAAGCUAUGCCUUCUCCACGAACAAUAAAAACGCAUCUCCCCGUGCAGCUGGUGCCUCCUUCCUUCUGGGAACAAAACUGUAAGGUCAUCUAUGUCGCAAGAAAUGCAAAAGACAACCUGGUAUCAUACUACCAUUUCCACAGAAUGAAUAAAGGAAUGCCUGAACCAGGAACUUGGGAUGAGUUUGUGGAGAAAUUCAUGAAUGGAAAAGUGCUCUGGGGUUCCUGGUAUGAUCAUGUAAAAGGAUGGUGGAAGGCAAAAGACAAACACCGUAUUCUCUACCUCUUCUAUGAAGAUAUGAAGGAGAAUCCCAAACAAGAAAUUCAGAAAAUUGUGAAGUUCCUGGAGAAGGACAUAAAUGAGGAAGUUCUCAACAAGAUAGUCUACAACACUUCAUUUGAAAUAAUGAAAGAAAAUCCCAUGGCAAACUACACUAAGGAUUUUGAGGGAAUAAUGGAUCACUCUAUUUCACCAUUCAUGAGAAAAGGAGCUGUGGGGGACUGGAAGAAUUAUUUCACUGUUGCACAAAAUGAGAAAUUUGAUGAAGAUUACAAGAAGAAAAUGGCUGAUACCUCUCUUGUUUUUCGCAUGGAAUUGUGAUUAUUAGAAGUGGGAAUUAUUCUCUGUGAUCUUCAGCUUCACUUUAUAAACUUUGCUGUUCCUUCACAAAAUGCCUACACCCCUGAGAUUCCAGUAUCCCCAUCUUUCAAACACCACUGUUUUUUCAUUAUCAUGAGAGUGCCCAAUUUAUCUGGAAACUUGGAGUCAUCUCCCUGAGGAAAAUAUUCCCACUGGAUACUUCUCAUUCAUCCCUCCGACAGUAAUUUUCAGCAUUAACAAAAAUAUUUCAGACAUUCUUUGAAUUUAUGUCUUUGUAAAACUGCAGUUGAUGCUGUCAGCAUCUUCAAAUCAACUUCCAACAGAAAGGAAGAGUGCAACAGCUGUGGGCAUUACAAGAUGUAUGAACAUAUAGUACAUAUGCAUCAUAUACAUUGCAUGAACAUUAAUCAAUAAUAAUAAAGA